AUGUUACUUCUUUUAUAUAAUUUAGUAUCUUCACUUCAAAUCGGAUACGGCAUUACUAAUGGCUAUCACGAAAUGACUUUAGAUCAAGGGGAAACACUGAACAUAUCUGAAUGUUAUAAAGUUACAGUUAUUAAUUACAAAGAUCUCGGUCUUAAAGAUUAUUUAUCAGAGGGUCUGAUAUUCACAAACACAUUUAACAAAAAAGUUGUUGUCAAAAUGAUGAUAUAUGCAAUAUGCUGGAAAUGGACAGAAGAUUAUGAUUAUUAUCAUACAUUUUCAAAGCCAACUAAUCUUUACCUUGCUAAUAGUGAUCAAAGGAGAAUUAAAGUUGAUUUUGAUUUCCAACAUGAGAUGAUUACCAAUGAAGCAGGAAACAGUGAUAUAUACUUACCAGAAGUAUCUCACUUUUAUUUCAAACCAUCUGAUGAUCUUUUUACUGAAGUCGAUACUUUACCAGAUUCUUUUCGAUUGUAUUUUAGUGGAACUUACUUAAUAACGGUCGGUACAUCACCUAAAACAAUUUCUGUUUCAAACAGAGCCAUUAUUAUUAUCAUUCGUAAUGAUGUUCAAACAAAUUAUCAAAAAAUUAUAACAGGCGUUGAAUCUAUAUCUUUUCCUGCAGGAAGCAGUGCAGAUAGCUGUGUUCAAUUGAUUUACGCAGAUUUUGGAGAAGAAUUAGCUGGAUAUAGUUAUGAUAUCAUUCACAAUCCAAAGAAUCUUGAAGUAGGUUAUAAAGAUUUUAGUCAUAUUAAUCUAAUAAUUUAUUCAGAUUCAUCUAUGUUUGUUUCAAUUGAGGAUGUAUGCAAAGGAGAGAAAAAAGAAUGGCUUUUACAGAAAAAUGAGGCAUUAAUGUAUCAUUUAUAUGACCUUUACCCAUUUAAAUUAAGAGCUGAUUCUCUUGACCAGAGCUUGACAUCCGAAUUAUUGGAUAUUCAGAAAGAUAAAUAUAUAUCAUCUUUACAAAAUGAUAACAGUUUACCAUAUGAUGUUUGUAUAAGCGCCGGACAUACGUUAUUUUGCAAUGUAUCAACCAAGGAAACUUUUCUAUGCUCACGUAUGAUUAGUUCAGUAUGGAAUCCUUCCUUGUAUAAUUUUGAUAGGUAUACUUCCAUUAUAACUUCAAAAUCCCGAACAAAUGAAUUAGUAACACCAAGUCUUGAUUAUGGUGAUCAUCAUAUUAUUAAUGAAUUUGGGACAUUCAAAAACAAAGAUUAUCCAAGCCGUAAUCCUGAUAAUGGUUACAUAAUGGCAGUUUCAACAAUCCCGAUUAAAUGUACUGAUAAAGAAAAGGAUCUGGAAAUAGAAAAAAAAUAA